UGACAAGAAGAUCCUGGAACUCAUGUCCAACAUCAUCCAGCUGCUGACUGGAGAGGUUGCCAUAAGGACUCAUGAUGUUUCCAUCUAUUUUUCCUUGGACGAGUGGGACUAUAUAAAAGGAAACAAGGGCCUUUACAGGGAAUGGAUAAAGGAGGAGGAGUCUCAGCAGGUUCGCCCACUGGGUUUGGGAUCUGAUAUAGCAGCAAAUGCUAUUAAAGAGGAGGCAGAUGCAUGUGAAGAGAGAAACCAAUCAGAUUACAGCAUUAAUCCAUUUACAGAACAGAUACAGGGAACAGAUACACCUACUCCUAUCAUGGGAUGCAGCCUGAAUAACAGUUCGGCAGAGGAUUAUAUCUCAGUUGUUAUUAAAGAGGAAGUGACUUCAUGGGAAGAAGAAAAUCACUUUGCUGUACAAACACAAGGAACAGACACAUCGACUCUCAUGAGUGUGAAUAGCAGCUUGUUCCGUAAGCAUACAUCCAAAGAUGAAUUGGAUUCAUGGGAAACAGACCAUAAUUACUGCACUAUAAAUACAGAACACACACCGGAAACAGACCAAUCAGCUCCUACCAUGAGCUGCAGCCUGAAUACCAACUCACCAGAUCAUUAUGUAUCAUUUAUUGUUAAAGAGGAAACCACUUCAUGGGAAGGGGAAAGUCAAUCAUAUUACAGAAUUCAACCACUUACAGAACAGAGACAGGGAACAGAUACACCUACUCCUAUCAUGGGAUCAAGCCUGAAUAACAGCUUGGCAGAUAACUCUAUAUUAAAUGCUAUUAAUGAGCAGUCAGCUUCAUGGGAAGGUGGGAACCAAUCAGAUUACAGAAUUAUUACAAUACCCAGACAAGUACCAGGUACAGAUCAGACUACUCCUGUCGGGGGAUAUACUCUGUAUAACAGUCACACUGAUAUCAGUAACGAGGGAGAAGUGGAAACUGUUAAUGAUUCCAAACCAACAAAAGGAAAGUUACGUUGUUCUGUGUGCAAUAAAAUGUUUGUAAGUAAGAGAACUCUGGAACGCCAUCAGAUUGUUCACACAGGAGAGAAACCCUAUUCUUGCUCCAGUUGUGGGAAACAAUUUGCACGUCUUGCUACCCUCACUGUGCACCAGAGAACUCACACGGGAGAGAAACCGUUUACCUGCACUGACUGUGGGAAAAGCUUUGCAAGUGUACAACACAUGGCCUCACAUCGCAUCGUUCACACAGGGGAGAAGCCCUUCUCUUGUCCAAAUUGUGGGAGAUGCUUCGCACAUCGCUCCACCUUUAAUAAACAUCUCACAAUCCACACAGGAGAGAAACCCUUUGCUUGCACAGAAUGCGGGAAGUGCUUUUCACGUCUAGAGCUGCUGCGUUUGCAUCUGAAGACUCACACAGCGGUGAAAGAGUGCACUUGUACAGAAUGUGGCAAACGCUUUUCCCAUCCAGACCUGCUGCACGUGCAUCGCUGGACUCACACAGAAGAGAAGCGUUUCACAUGUCCUGAGUGUGGCAUAGGCUUUGCAGAUCACUCGUGGUUCAAUAAACAUCUCAGGACUCAUACAGGAGGAAACAAUGCAGCCCCAUCCUGAUCUGUAGAGAGACAUGCAAUUGGUCAAUUUAAAGCCCAGCAACACAGAGAGAUAACUGUGGGGUGUGACGGUUGCUAUGCAAUUCCGAAUAACUAUUAAUAAGGACUGCCCUUAGCUGCUAGUAAUACAGGGAUGUGUGUAAGAUGGGUUAAAGGAAUUGUUCAGUGUAAAAAUAAAAACUGGGUAAAUAGAUAUUUUUGCCUAAAUAUAUUAGAUACAUUAUUUGUUUUGCACGGCCUAUUUAUUUACCCAGUUUUUAUUUUUAUACUGAACUGUUCCUGUAAAGCAGAGGCAGAGGGAAGACUAAUGGAAUUGGCCUGGAGUUGGAUCAGGAGAACUUGUAACGCAUUUCUUUACUGAACCGCUUGUUCAUUCAAAGCAAUAAAAUCAUUUAUAUUUG